AUGGAUUUCAUCAAGACCAGUUCCCUCCGUGCUCUGAUUGAGUUAACUUUCCAACGCAACUGGAACGGCCUAAUUUGGAUGAGUAGAAACGGAGUUAUAACCAAAAGAGUGGAGACUGUCCAGACGGUUCUAUCGAGAGUCAGCGCCCAACCGCACAGUCCGGCUGGCCGAGAAACUAUUGUUUCGCGCUCGGCUAAAGUCACACCUGUCCGACUGAAGUCUCGGCCAAAGUUCGAAACCGACCGGCCGAUCAUCCAGCACGACCCGGGUUACUAUUCAAUGAGUUGCUUGCAUGAUCUUUGA